GUUGUAAUUUUUCAGUUCUUUGUUUUGGUCGGUUUAGGUUAGUAGAGAAAGUGUAAAAUCGUUAAAUUAUUGUUCAAAUGUAGUUUCAAUAUAUAAAUUAAAUUAUCAUCCUAUUAAUAAUCGUUACAAGUUCAAAAUGGACAAAUAUCUUACUACAAGUAUUGAAAAACUGAAAUCUGGUGUCUACGGGGAUUUGAACCUUGUGCUAGGAAACGAAAGCUGUGACUUAGACUCCGCAGCCAGUGCGUUAGUCUACGCUGCGUUCCUGUACUGGCAACACAACCAGAUUAAAUGCAAGGUUUGUACAAGAAUGAAUCGCGACGAGUCCGUGUACAGGGACGACAUAUUUGUGCCGAUAUUGAAUGUGGACAGGGAGGAUUACGACCUGAAGACAGAGGUCGCCUUCUGUCUGCGACAACACGGGAUCGACGCCGACAGACUUGUGUUCAGGGACGAUUACGACCUAGAGCAGCUGGCAGAGAAGUCGAAGACGACCGUCACACUGGUAGACCACCAUGUUCUGGCGAAGAAGGACAAGUUUAUGACCACUAUGGUCACUGAGAUCAUAGACCACAGACCCGUCGACAAGAACGAGUGGACUUAUAAGGACGACACUCGAAGCAGCAUCGAGUUGGUUGGAUCCUGCUGUUCUCUGGUGGGUCAACGUAUCAGGACCCUGGGUGGUCUACUGGCCAAAGAGACGGACUUCUUCAACGCCUUCCCCGUGGCAACAGACUUACUACAUUGUGGUAUAAUACUGGAUACAGUGAACUUCUCCAAGGAAGUGAACAAAGCCACUCCAGUAGACGAAGAAGUCGUGUUAUUUUUGGAAAAUUUGCAGAAAACACGCGGUAGUAACUGCGGUGUUGAGGAGCAGAGGAAAGCCAAAUUAGACCUGCUAGUUGCAGCCCGUAAGGAUGUAUCCAAGCUGUCUGCGGCGCAACUGCUCAGGAAGGAUGUGAAGAUAGUGGGUGAUACUAUGGUGCCCAGCUUCCCCAUACUGGUAGAGGAGUUCCUAAAGAAGCCAGAGGCCAUACAAGCGAUACAGGAGGCGCUACUUCGCAGGGAGUGUAAUAUGGCCCUCCUCCUCGGAAUGUCGUUAACAGAUGGACUGAAGCGUGAUGGCGCCGUGUACUCUCGUAACCAGGAGAGGGCUGCGCAGUUGUCAAAGUACCUUCAAGAGUGGAAAACUCCAUCUCUCCAGCUCACCCUGCACGAGAUACCGAGCGCUAAGAACUGCAUUUACUUCAAACAACUCAACUUAUCUGCUUCUCGCAAACAGUACAUGCCAGCGCUCGUCAACUUCUUAAAUGCCAGUAAAAAAUAACAUACGUAAGUACCUUAGUAACCCUGUUGCGUUCAGACAUCUCCAUAGACCUUUUUUUUGUUUUGGUUUUCCCCGAAGGGUAAGGCAAAGGGAACUAUGCCCAUACAGCCAUGUCUUACGUAUUUUUUUUCUUGAUGAUUAAUGAAAUGAUGAAAGGUGAUGAUGAUGAAACCUAAGCCCCCAUCCUCGGAGUAGACUCCUACUUCGAACCCCAAACGAAUUAACUCAAAAGUCCGCAUAAACUUUUGAGUUAUGAAGCGGCUUCUUGGCACGAAGCGAAAAUAGGCAGAUACACUUUGUUUAUUGAAUACUCCGAUAUAAUAACACUCGCGAAUGUCUUCCGACUAAUUUAAUGCGAUCAUUAACCACAAAACACCACUUCGUAUUAAUUAUUUAGAUUAUUCAAUGAAGAAAGCAACUGUCCCGUUCCCGUUUCCCGCCAAAAAUCCUCUCCAUAGACCACGUAUAACAUCCCUCAAUCAGCGCUUAUCGCUAUAGACCCACUAGGGUCGAUUAAUUCUUUCAAAUAUUCUUCCUCUCA